CGCAGUUGUUCUGUCUACUUAACCUAUUGGGUUAAGUAGACUACAUUAUAAAAAAAAAUAUUUAUGUAAUCAAAAAAGUUCAAAAUUAAAAAGUUUAAGUCGAGAAUGAUUUUAAGGGCGAAAGAUAAAUUCGAAGUCAAAUUGAUUUUAAAGUUUCGGCUACGCGAUGUUUGGUUUGCCUCUUGAACUACAAAUAUUAUUCGUAAAUGUCUUAGGCCUGGUCAGCACCACUUUAAACUGGAACUGGUUCAAGUGGGACCAGCAGCUAGAGAAGAUCUCGAACGUCUCAGUUUCACAAUCCGACAAAUUGAAUGUAGAGAAUAUCGACUGGCUUAAGACGAUUCUAUCAUGGAUUGUCGUCACACGAUUUAUCAUCGAUCGCAUCUCGCUCCUCGCAUACGUGGCUAAUAUUUACACAGUAGUGACGCGAAGCCGGCAUAAUUUGCUCAUACUUUGGAUGGUACUCAGUUUUCUUAAAGAUAUUAUUCUGGAAGUCGUCGUGAUUAUCAUUACAUUCCUGUUAUGGCAUGCUACGAAGGAAAGCUUUCCAACAUCGCUCCUUGUUGAGUUCGUUGUAGAUAAAAUAAUAAGUCUGAGUGUUAUCUCGACCGGCAAGUGGUGCACGACCCUCAAAUGGUAUAUGCAGCUACAAAGGAUGGCAAAAAUCCGUAAAUUUACAAUAAUAGCGCGGAAAAGUAUCGCGAGUAUCGCUAAUAUGCCCGGCAGAGUUGGUCGUUCUCUGGACGAUGAGUGUCUUGGUAUAGCGAUAAUUAGACGAGGCAAGUAUGCGAGUCUAUUAAAUCUGGACAGGCACUCUGAGGAAUCUUUCAACAGAAUGAACGCGAAAUCCUUGUCGACCUUAACUGACGACACGAGUAGCACGAAUGGCGCGAACGGCGCGAACGGCGCGAAUGGCACGAACGAUUACAAUUCCAACGAUUUGAGCGUGGCUGAAAAAUCAAUGAGAAUGCUGAAUGUAACCGCGGAAGAUGUGAUGGAUGCGCGUGCCAGGAUACAAGAGCGAUCUUACUGGAACGAGCAAGAGACAAUUAAAACACCUGAAGUGAAAAAGGAUGUAAUAAAGCAACUUCCUUUGGAAAAGAACGAAGAAGAAACAAUCAAUUCAGCAAGAAACACACAGCUAACGGAGAAUAAUUUAGCAAAAAUUGUGAAUAGUACCUCGAGAAAAGAAGACAGUAUGGAGUGUAUUCCAGUGAAGAAAAAAGAAGAAAAAGGUAAUGGAGAAACUAUUCUGGUUGACGAGAAAGAACAGAUUUUGACCGAAAAUCAGAACGAUGUUUCGUUGAAAAGCGAAAACGUCACAUCUGACAAAGUGAAUCACGCGAAAUCAACGGAAUCUCAUGAUAUUUAUGAAUCGAAGAAGAAAAGGGAAGAGAAAAAGGAAGGAGUUGAAAAGAUCGUGCAGUGUCCUUCGUUCCAGAGUAUGAAUGCAAGAAACACAGAGGCUAAGCCAUGUGCCUCCCUCAUAAGAAAAUUAGAAGCGAAGUACUGUCCCGUUUCUGUAAACCGACGGAAGUGGAUCGAUAGAGUCGAUCGUAAAGAGUACCCUUAUGAAGUCAGCACACAAUUAACGCCAACUAGUUCAAGCACAAGUAAAAAAGAACGUUAUAAGAUCCUGAAAAUCUCAUGCGGGUGUCAUCGUGCUUUGCAUAACAAUUCGAAAAAUGGGAAACACGUGCGAUCAAUCGGUAUCAAUGGUAAAAACGUUGAUUUUGAUAUUAAUCGAAAAGAAUUUGAAUCUUUUAGACCUAUCGUCAAUAUGCAGAGAAGCAAGAUUGACAAAACCGCGUUUAAAUAUUCAGAAGUAUAUCGUUUAAAGAAGCAAAUUCAGAAAUGGGAAGAAUCUUACGGUAAGCACUCCCGGGGAAGUAAGUCUUUAGCUGAAACUGCACGUUCCUCGGCAUAUGCGAAAGAUGUCUUUGAUGCAUCUGAUAAGCUGUCUGUUGUAAAUUGUCGAAAGAGCGUUCAGACUGAAACUUAUGACGAGUCGAGGAUGAUGAGCGAUUCUAUGAGUGAACGACACAGAUUGAAAUACAAACAGAAACGAAGUAGACGACCGGUCAAUUUGCGUUCCGUUCACGAUGUGGCAUCAUUUAGAGAAAUGAAUUAUUCGGAGGCACGCGAAAUAAACAUGAAAGCUUUAGAAACCAAUAAUAAUUUUACGUUGGAAAAUAAAAGAGAAACGAAAGCGAAGAAAAGGCGAGAUCUGCUGCCGGCGAAUCGGAAACUAUCGAUCGAGCAACGCGAAGCGAUAGAGUUGAAAGCUUUAAAAGCUUAUAACGAGCUUACCUUGUCAGAGGAUAAGAGAGAAUUGGAAGUAAGAAAGGACCGAGAUUCAUCGUUGAAUCACAGACGAUUGACGAAGGAAUCCGAAGUACUAAAGAUGAAAGUUUUAAAAACUUAUAAUGAUUCCUUAUUGGAAGAUAAAAAGGAGAUGGAGAGAACUAGAACAUAUAAUUUGUCGCCAAGUUUCCAGCAAUCGAUUGAUGAACGGAGUACCUCGAGAGUUUGUAACAAACUUAAACAAUCGGGAAGCAAGAGAGAGCUGCGAACUAGGAGAAAACGCGAUUCAUCGAGAAAUGAAACGCUAUCGGAAUGUGAAAAAGUCGAGACUCCAGCGAGCGUCUCUAAUCGUCCUCCAAUAAGUAGUUGUGAGAAUACCAUGAUCUCCACACGUCAGAACAUACACAGCAAUUUUGGUUUAAACGAUCGUUACGCAAGACAGGCGCGUAUGUCGCUGAAUCUCUGGGAGAUUACGAGAAACAUCGAAUGGACCGUUCAUCCGCGGGGUAUUAUACUCAUCAAUAAGAAUCUACAAAGUCAAUAUCUAAAGAAUGAGAGAUUUCGCGAAAGCCAACAACGCGAUAUUGUUGAUGACAGCACUGCCAGCACGUUGCACAGCGCUUUCUUCUUUAAACCCGAGAUCGUAACGCGGGUCUUUCGUCGCGUUCAUAACCAGACGAGGAUCGACGAGUUCUUCUCGAGGUUUCCGACGUUCCUGCGGCAAGACUUCGACAUGGAGUUUGCCUGUCAAAUGAACAACGAGGUGGUCGUGCGCCAUUGGAACUCGCCGCUCGACUGCGAUCUCGAACGGAUGAUGGGAAACGAUCGAAACAAUCUUGAAGAGCAAUUCAACGUUAAUGACAAUAGCAAUACUACAAGCGAGCAUGAUCACGAUCUGUGUAUAAUAGUCAUUGAUCAGGAACAGGUUUCCAACGAAUCGCAAAUUGCGAUAGAAGAUUCGAUGACCGUCGAAACUCAGGAAAACAUUGAAAAUAUUCAAAUGACGAAUAUUUUGGUAUUCAAUGAAAAUCUUAAUCACGUGGAUAAUGCAACCAACGAUAAUUUGCCAAUUCAAUUGAUCACAGAUGCAUUAAGAAAUUUCAAUAUCGAGACAGAAGGAAGUAUACGCGAUGCUGCAUUGCCGAUCGAAGAGUGCGAAGACGUAAGUAAUGCGAAUGAAUGUAAUAAUUCUCAACCUCGAGAACUUAAGGUGGAUGAUAUAAAUUUCAACGAAGAAAACAAUAACGAGUCUGACAGAAUUUCUUCGCAUAAAAAUGCAGAAAUUGACGAUACAAUCCACAAAAUUGAGCAACUAUUGGAUUCAAACGAUAAUUGUCUAGAUAACAUAGCGCAACUACGUUAAAUGAUCAAAAAAGAGAAUCGGAAUCGAAUUUAAAAGAUACGAAUUAUACAAUUCCACAACUUUAUGAUAGAAUCCCACGAUGUCGGAGUAUCGAAAUUUCAAAAUUGGAGACCACGAUACCAGAUGGCACAAGAAAUCAGAACGAAAAUAAAGAUGAAGAAGCAAAUGAAUUUUUGGCAGAAGAAAUUUUCAAGGUGCAUUCAGACGAUGAGCUUCAGCAAAUCGAACUUUUUAAGCAAAACGCUAGUUUUUAUUAUAGAAAUGAUGAUCCAGGAACACCGGUUUCGUUUAACGACGGUAGUUUGAUGGAGGAAUUUUUAAACGAUCCCGUGCCACCUUUAAACUCUUCUUUCUCUUAAGGGAGAAAUUAGGUAUUCUCAACAACAUAUUCUCAAUAAUAAAAAUACGCGUUGUUAACUUACAACAUAGAUAUUUAGGUCCAUUUUCACAAGAUAAUUACCUAAAGAUUAAAGGUUACCAAGAAAUUCAUGAAUGAAUUUUAUUGAUAAAUCUCUUGGUAGCCUUUAAUCUUAAAGUAACUAUAUAUUAUGAAAACCGGCCUUUAGUCUUUAAAUAACAUUUUGUGUGUAGUCAUCAUGUAAAGUCAUCUAAAAAU